CAUCCACAUACAUACGUCGCGGCUCGUCGGGAGACGCGCCCUCGUUCGACCUUGGGCGACUAUAACCGGUGCGUAACGUUCGAUGUACGGAGCAUCGGCGCAUCGCGUGGAGGAAUCGUCGCUGUUGAUCGCAACAACUUAGCCGACCGCGAAUCACCGCGGCUGCACCGCAGCCCCGUGCUCGUUUUACUCUGUUUACUUCCUCCUUCGCCACCUCUUCCUCCUCUUCCUUCUUCUCCACCUCCUCCUUCUCUUCCGCCUCCUUCUCCUCCACGGCGCCUACUCCUCGACGCGGGACAGCCUCGGCGACGAAAUGGCGAAGAAGACGUACGAUCUGCUGUUCAAGCUGCUGCUCAUCGGCGACUCCGGCGUCGGCAAGACCUGCAUACUGUUUCGCUUCUCGGACGAUGCCUUCUCCACCACCUUUAUUUCCACGAUAGGUAUCGAUUUCAAAAUCAAGACGGUCGAAUUAAGAGGAAAGAAAAUCAAAUUACAAAUAUGGGAUACAGCUGGACAAGAAAGAUUUCAUACUAUUACAACAUCAUAUUACAGAGGGGCUAUGGGGAUUAUGCUUGUUUAUGAUAUUACUAACGAAAAAACAUUUGAAAAUAUUGUAAAAUGGUUGAGAAAUAUCGAUGAACAUGCAAAUGAAGAUGUGGAGAAAAUGAUAUUAGGAAAUAAAAGUGAUAUGGAGGAAAAACGCGUUGUCAGUACAGAAAAGGGAGAAGCGAUAGCGAGAGAGCAUGGCAUUAGAUUUAUGGAGACAUCCGCGAAAGCGAACAUUAAUAUUGAUCGAGCAUUUAGCGAACUAGCAGAAGCAAUAUUGGACAAAACGCACGGCAAGGAGCCACAAGACGCGCCUGACAGAGUAACGGUUGAUCGAAGGGUAGAAAGAAGUUCGAAUCGGUGCUGCUAAUUUUAUAUGUUAUUUAUUUUAACGGCGCAUAACGAACUAUAUAUCAGCUCGUGCCACUUGGGAUAAAUCCCUCGAUAGAUUUAGAGCAUAAUUUAAAGCAUAAUGACGUAAUUCGACACUUUACGACACUGCCUGAUCUGAUAUAAUUCAAUCUCACUUUUGCUCUGACGAAAAUAUGUUUUUCUAUGCUACAAGCGAAACAAAGUCGCUAACAAAAAAUUAUUCAAUCGAUCCAAUAUUUAAAUUUUGUUUUUUAAAUACACUUAUAUAAAUGUCAAUAAGUUCAUAAAAACAAACAAGCGCUAUUUUAUGCAUAUACAAUUGUAUCUACAUAUAGUAUUUAACGAACUUAAACUUCUGUUAAUUUAUGCGGAUCGCAAAAAAAUUUGCGUAAGCACACAAAUUUUAAUGAUGAACCUUCAUGUUCCAUGUAAAAUAUUGCAUCGUUGAGAACAAAGACAACUAGGACAUAUUGUUUGUUAUGAGGCUGCAAUUUGUUACCAUGUUGAGUGGUGUGAGUAUGAGUAUUGUCGGCUUUUAAUCUUGAUAAUUCGUUUGGACAUUGGAUGCUUUCCUACAUGAAUAAUCGCACCACACAUGCUUAUUUGUAUAUUAAGUUAGGUGAAAGAACGCGUAAAACCAAAAGCUUCUACCGUUUUAUGUACGGCCGAUUUAUUAUAAAUACAGAUAUUCGCAAUUUCGAA